AUGGGAUCAUUAGCAACUAAUUUCUUUGCAUUUUUCUUCUUAUUCCCAAUUGGAAUUCGUCGACUCCUCUGCGCAUUCUCUCUCUACCUGAAGAACCCAUGCGUCUACAGAUCAAAGACAUGGUAUAUGUCAGAACCCAGAUGGAAAAAUAUUGAUUUAUACGUCCUUCUUAUUGCCCUUCCCAUUGCCUCAUUCUCCGAGAUUUUCUUCUUCUUGACGUUCUCUGGUCAUUCGACGUAUCGAUUCGCUUUCAUUCAGCAAGCAGCAGUUGUUAGUCUCUUCUGGGUCCUCGUCGUUUUGGUGAUUCUCCGAGAAAACAUCGACCCUUUUCUUAUGCACGAAGGUCUUGUCUAUGUUUUCGCUGGCAUUGCAUUUCUCAUAGAGUAUUCGCUGAUGGGAAAGGGAAUUACAGGGCUUGCUGGUCGUGUUUAUGAAUUGUUAGGUGCGCUCACGCUCUUAUGUGCUGCUGCUUGCUUUUACCUUUCCUUCCGGCCUACAGCGUUUUUCGCAGAGGUGGGUCUAUCUUCAGGUAUUAUUUUCAAGGGGACUUGGGUUUUGCAGGCUGGGUUGUCCUUGUACUCUGACACCUUCUCAUUGAAGGGUUGUCGUAAGAUCCCAUUUUCUCCUGCUCAACUGACCACUGAUGUUCAAUGCGAUCUGGAAGAUGAUAGGUUGAGAGGUGUGGCUCUGAUGAAUCUACUGUUUGUGUUACAUUUGAUUGGUAUCUUGACCAUGAGUUUCAGCUUGUUUGGGGCUCUAUCUUGGAAUCGCAACUUGAGAUGUGGGGAGGGGGCUGGUCCGUCACUGGCAGAUGUCGAAUCAGAAAGUAUGUUGAUGCGCCCACUUCCUGAAUUUGAGUUGGAGUAG